AUGUCUCUGACCCUCUCAGGGUUCUGUCCCCAUGUCCCUGACCCCUCUCAGGCCCUGUCACUGUCCCCCCCCCCAGACAAGGACCCCGUGGCCCACAAGAAGGUCUCCAGCCUGACCAUCAACUUCGGGCCGCAGCACCCGGCGGCGCACGGGGUGCUGAGGCUGGUGCUGGAGCUGAGCGGGGAGACGGUGAAGCGCUGCGACCCCCACGUGGGGCUGCUGCACCGCGGCACCGAGAAACUCAUCGAGUACAAGACAUACCUGCAGGCCCUGCCCUACUUUGACCGCCUGGACUACGUGUCCAUGAUGUGCAACGAGCAGGCCUACUCCCUGGCCGUGGAGAAGCUGCUCAACAUCCGGCCCCCUCCCCGGGCUCAGUGGAUCCGAGUUCUCUUCGCCGAGAUCACGCGGCUGCUGAACCACAUCAUGGCGGUGACCACGCACGCGCUGGACAUCGGGGCCAUGACCCCCUUCUUCUGGAUGUUCGAGGAGAGGGAGAAGAUGUUCGAGUUCUACGAGCGCGUGUCGGGGGCGCGGAUGCACGCGGCCUACGUGCGGCCCGGGGGCGUGCACCAGGACCUGCCCCUGGGGCUCAUGGACGACAUCUACGAGUUCGCCAAGAACUUUUCCAUCCGGAUCGACGAGGUGGAGGAGAUGCUGACCAACAACCGCAUCUGGAAGAACCGCACCGUGGACAUCGGCGUCAUCACGGCCGAGGAGGCGCUCAACUACGGCUUCAGCGGGGUGAUGCUGCGGGGCUCCGGCAUCAAGUGGGACCUGCGCAAGACGCAGCCCUACGACGUCUACGACCAGGUGGAGUUCGACGUGCCCAUCGGCUCCAACGGCGACUGCUACGACAGGUACCUGUGCCGCGUGGAGGAGAUGCGCCAGUCGCUGCGGAUCAUCCUGCAGUGCCUCAACAAGAUGCCCCCCGGCGAGAUCAAGGUGGACGACGCCAAAGUGUCACCCCCGAAACGCGCCGAGAUGAAGACGUCCAUGGAGUCCCUGAUCCAUCACUUCAAGCUCUACACCGAGGGCUACCAGGUGCCACCCGGGGCCACCUACACGGCCAUCGAGGCCCCCAAGGGGGAGUUCGGGGUGUACCUGGUGUCCGAUGGCAGCAGCCGUCCCUAUCGCUGCAAGAUCAAAGCGCCCGGCUUCGCCCACCUGGCCGGGCUGGACAGGAUGUCCCAGGGCCACAUGCUGGCAGACGUGGUGGCCAUCAUUGGCACCCAGGACAUCGUCUUUGGGGAAGUGGAUCGAUGAGGGGGGUCCCCGUUCCCUCUCGUGUGCUGCUGCAUUUGGGGGUGCCCCCGCCCCCAUUUCGGGUCAAAUAAAGCCAGAAUCGGGUCCUGA